AUGAGUAUUAGAGUGCGAAUCGCAGAAGCUAGAAGAUUUAUAGUCGACUGCCUGAAAGCUGCUGGGGCGAACGAAACCCCGGCAAUGCAACAGGCAGAGCUAUUUAUUCAAGCGGAUAGAAUGGGACAUCAAAGCCAUGGACUCAAUAGAUUAGAAAGCUGUGUUAAUGACAUCACGAAUAAAGUUUGUGAACCUAAUAAUGAGCCAGAAAUAAUAAAAGAAAGCCGAUCAACAGCAUGGAUAGACGCUCGCAACUGCUUAGGUGCCACUUCAAGUCAACUGGGCAUGGACUUAGCUGUGACGAAAGCUAAAGAUACUGGAAUUGGAUGGGUCAGCGUAAAGGGGUCAAAUCAUAAUGGAAUGCUUGGUUAUUGGGCAAAAUUAGCCGCAAAGAAAGGAUUCAUUGGAUUGGCUUUCGCUAACUCAGCCCCCCUUGUAGCACCGACCAGAAGCAAAAAGGCGGCUUUGGGUACAAAUCCAUUGGCAGUAGUGGCCCCAGCAGGCGAUGACGAAUUCUUCUUUCUUGAAAUGGCCACUUCAGCGGUUACUCUGGGCGUGAUAGAAAUGAGGCGAAAAGUACACAUGUAUAUACCAGACGGAUGGGCACUGGGCCUCGAUGGCAGGGCAACCACAGACCCUGAAGAGGCUAUGAGAACAUCAGUUCUAAUGCCUUUGGGAGGAGGUGAGACCACAUCAGGAUACAAAGGAUAUGGUCUAUGUGCAGCUGUGGAGUUGCUAACUGGAAUGUGUGCAGGUUCAAACUACGCCCACCAUAUUCAGCCAUUGGGAGCAUCUACGGCUGACAAUCCAGCAAACCUGGGUCAAACUUUUAUCUGUGUGAAUCCUAAUUCCUUUGCGCCCGGCUUUCACACACGAUUAUUAGAGUGCAUGCAAUACUGGAGGCAGUUAGAACCGGUGGAUGCUGAGAAGCCAGUUAUAGCACCAGGUGACAUAGAGAAAAUGGCAGCUGAAGCCACAGACGCAAGAAACGCCAUCUUAUAUUUACCAUAUCAAAUAUCAAUUUGCGCUGCCCUUGCCGAAAAACUGAAUGUUAAACAUAUAGAAACAAUUGUUGAUAAAGAAUAA